CCUGCAUGCCCAACCCGCUGAGCCAGAGGCCCCGCGGACAGACAAGCUAGGCCCGCACUACCUGCCGAGCCCGUGAGGGGCCCCCUCAGGUUUUCUCGGGGGGCGGGCUGGUGCCCCAUGAUGGAAGUGUCCCCUGAGUGCACACAGCAGGGCAGGGGGCUGGUGCUGGUUCGCCGGCGGCCCCCCGCACCCCCAGGCCUGCGAGAGGCUCUGAAGGCCCGGCUGCGGCGGAGCUGUGCGUGCAGCGUGCAGGGGGCCUGGGCGCUGCUGCAGGACCUGCUCCCCGCCACGCGCUGGCUCCGCCAGUACCAGCCUCGGGAGGACCUGGCGGGUGACGUCAUAUCUGGGCUGGUCAUCGGCAUCAUCCUGGUGCCUCAGGCCAUCGCCUACUCACUGCUGGCGGGGCUGCAGCCCAUCUACAGCCUCUACACGUCCUUCUUUGCGAACCUCAUCUACUUCCUCAUGGGCACCUCGCGCCACGUCUCCGUGGGUAUCUUCAGCCUGCUCUGCCUCAUGGUGGGCCAGGUGGUGGACCGUGAGCUCCUGCUGGCCGGCUUCGACCCCGCCCAGGAUGGCCCGGGGCCCGGGGCCAACCGCAGCGCCCUCAACGCCUCGGCCACCAUGCUGGCGCUUGGGCUACAGGACUGCAGCCGGGACUGCUACGCCAUCCGCGUGGCCACCGCCCUCACGCUGCUGGCCGGGAUUUACCAGGUCCUCAUGGGUGUCCUCGGGCUGGGCUUCGUGUCCGCCUACCUCUCACAGCCGCUGCUGGACGGCUUCGCCAUGGGGGCCUCAGUGACCAUCCUGACCUCCCAGCUCCGACACCUGCUGGGCGUGCGGGUCCCGCGGCACCAGGGGCCGGGCCUGGUGGUCAGCACGUGGCUGAGCCUGCUGCGCAGCGCCGGGCAGGCCAACCUGUGCGACGUGCUCACCAGCGCCACGUGCCUGGCCGUGCUGCUGGCGGCCAAGGAGCUCUCGGACCGCUACCGGCACCACUUGAAGGUGCCGCUGCCCGCAGAACUGCUGGUCAUCGGGGCGGCCACGCUCGUGUCCCACUUCGGGCAGUUCCACGAGCGCUUCGGCUCCAGCGUGGCUGGCGACAUCCCCACUGGCUUCAUGGCCCCGCAUGUGCCAGAGCCGGGGCUGGUGUGGCACGUGGUGCUGGACGCCGCAUCCCUGGCCCUCGUGAGUUCCGCCUUCUCCAUCUCGCUGGCGGAGAUGUUCGCCCGCAGCCACGGCUACUCUGUGCGCGCCAACCAGGAGCUGCUGGCUGUGGGCUGCUGCAACGUGCUGCCUGCCUUCUUCCACUGUUUUGCCACCAGCGCCGCCCUGGCCAAGAGCCUGGUGAAGACGGCCACCGGCUGCCGCACGCAGCUCUCCAGCGCGGUCAGCGCCACCGUGGUGCUGCUGGUGGUGCUGGCGCUAGCGCCCCUGUUCCGGGACCUGCAGCGGAGCGUGCUGGCCUGCAUCAUCAUCGUCAGCCUGCGUGGGGCCCUGCGCAAGGUGUGGGACGUCCCGCGGCUGUGGCGGCUCAGCCCUGCCGAUGCUCUGGUCUGGGUGGCCACGGCGGCCACCUGCGUGCUGGUCAGCACCGAGGCCGGGCUCCUGGCCGGCAUUCUCCUCUCACUGCUCAGCCUGGCCGGCCGCACACGGCACCCACGCGCUGCCCUGCUCGCCCGCGCCGGGGAUUCCAGCUUCUACGGGGACCCAGCAGAAUUUGAGGGCCUGGUCCCCGAGCCUGGUGUGCAGGUGUUCCGCUUCACGGGGCCCCUCUACUACGCCAAUAAGGACUUCUUCCUGCGGUCACUCUACAGCCUCACCGGGCUGAACGCGGGGUACACAGCCGCCAGGAGGAAGGAGCGGGGCCCGGGGGUGGGGGCUGGCGAGGGAGAGCCUGUCGAAGGCAGGGACCUGGGUCCCGGGAGCAGCACAGCUGCGCUGGUGCCCUCAGCGACCUGCUUCCACACAGUGGUCAUUGACUGUGCCCCGCUGCUGUUCCUGGACGCGGCCGGCCUGGCCACACUGCAGGACCUGCGCCGAGACUACGGGGCCUUGGGCAUCACCCUGCUCCUGGCCUGCUGCAGCCCCUCGGUGAGGGACACCCUGAGCAGAGGCGGCUUCCUCGGGGAGGACCAGGGGGACGCGGCCGAGGAGGGGCAGCUGUUCCCCAGCGUGCACUGUGCCGUGCAGGCGGCCCGAGCCCGCUGCCAGGAGCUGGUGGCCGCCAACUCCACCCUCUAACAGAGCCGGCACCUGCCGCCAGCCUCCACUCCCACCAUCCACCACUGCGAUCUUGCUGUCGCCUGGUGCCUCCAAUCUAGAGGACCCAGGGAACCCCAAAUGGGAUGGAGGGUGGCAGUGAACACACACAAGGACCCAGACACUUGAGAACCCUCAACUGCACCUUUGAGACAAACGCUGCCU